GAAGCUUUGUAGCGACGCAAUCUCUAUACAAUUCAACUAAGUCUCGUGCCUACCACUGCGCCGAAACGACAGCGCGCCUGAAACCUUGUCGUUCACCUGCAUAGAGCAAUAAAUAAGCCUUUUCAACACAGGCCAUCCAUUCAUUAUGUCUACUGAGUUCGAGACCAUCCCAGCGGAGGAGAACGCGCUCCUCGAGAAGCCUAAGACCGGUCUCCGACGCGUCGUGGUCGCCGUGCGCACCCAGCGUCCCCGACGCGCGCGGCGAAUCGCCGGCGAUCGACGAUCGUGCUGUGAAACGGUUCCGCGACGGCGUCGCCCCGCGCAGGCCGCCGCGCUGUCGUUCGUCCUCGGCGUGGUCGCCGCGACGGCGGUCGGUAGUACCUCGACGCCCGGCGCCAUGGACCUCCACUCUACGAAGAUCAGUGACGCCCACAUCAGCCUCGUCCAUUCCAAGGGCAAGAAGUGCCUCACGGCCACGGCGAACAUGCAGCACCUGGUCCUCGCCGACUGCGGCACUGGCACUGGCAAGGGCCACCACUCGAAGCAGCGGUUCAACUAUCAGUACAAGUUCGGCUCGGGGCACGCUAGCUCGGGGCGGAUCGAACUCAGAGACCAUCAAGACAGCGGCGGGCUCUCCACGCUCUCCCUCGAUAUGUGGGGGUGUUGGGACACGACGACAAAGUGCCAAGCUCUCCUGUGGUGGCCUGAGUCGGAUUCGAAGUCUGAGAACGGUGAGAACGUCCACUGGGACCAAACCUCGAAGCAGAUCAAGGUUCCCAAUAGUAACGGCGAAUACCUCUGCUUGAUGGUCCAAAGCAACCAGGAGAUCACGUGGAACACGUGCCACGACGGAUACAACACGCAGCAGUGGCAGAUCGGCGACGCGCCGUCGCCGCACCCGUCUGGCGGCGCCUGCAACCACCCCUGCCCCUCCGGCAAGGAUUCGGAGUGCUCGUGGUUCGGCGGCGCCGCUAACUCGUGCACCAAGUGCGACACGACGCCCGGGACUCGCUUCACGUGCGUGGCGCCGUGAGACCGCGAAAGAACGCAGCGCCCGCCGCCCGCGCCCAAGAAGAGCGG